AUGCAUUGGAUCAAAGCCUUAAGCACAGCAAUACUGGCUAAUGCUAUAUGCACUGUCUCUAGUUCGACCAAAUCUCCGUCCCCUGGAUCUCAUAUCCUCCACGAGAGAAGGUCAUAUACGCCAGCCUCAUGGAUCAAACGUUCACAGGCUCCUCGAGACAUGCUCCUGCCGAUUCGAGUGGGUAUUAGUUCUCAAAACAUCGAUCAAGGCCAUGAUUACCUAAUGGAUAUUUCCGAUCCGACGUCCGAGAACUUUGGUAGGCAUUGGACUCCUGAGCAGGUACAUGAUUUCUUUUCGCCUUCGAAAGAGGUUGUUGAGGAGGUUCGUCAAUGGUUAGUCUUAAGUGGUAUCGAAAAACAUCGUCAUAAUGUCGCGCCAAGUCGCGGCAAUGUACAAUUCCACGCAACAGUUGAUGAAGCAGAAGCUUUGUUAGGGACUCGUUAUGAUGUGUGGGAACAUGUCGAUACUGGAAGAAUGAGUGUUUCAUGUGAUGAAUAUCAUGUUUCUUCUGAUAUCCGGCAUCACAUCGACUUCAUCACACCCACAAUUGGUUUAGAUACUGCCUCUGGGUUUUCUCUAGGCCCUAGAAAUCCGAAGUUGGAAAAGAGAGCAAAAGCCAAUCUAGCACAUGGUAGUGAAAUGGAGUUGGCAGUGAAAAACCCCCAGUCGAUUAAGGAAGCUUCAUGUUCAGAUAAUGUCACUCCACAGUGUAUAAAAGACCUUUACCAAAUUUCAUCGCCAUCUGCGAAUACUACUCAAACUGGAAACGAUCUUGGACUGUACGAAUACCUCCAGUCUUAUGACCAAUUCAAUCUUGAUUGGUUUCUUUCCCAGUAUUCGCCUCACAUCCCCAAUGGUACUCAUCCAGAAUCUAAGAACAUCGACGGUGGCCGUGCUCCCGAAUUAGCUGGUCGGGGAGGAUCAGAGACGCUGUUGGACCUCCAAAUGGCCUAUCCAAUUAUCUAUCCUCAGGGCAUUAGGAUUUUCCAGACUUAUAGUAUUGACCUCGGCGGAAGUAAUGGCUGGACUGGCAUCUUCAACCAAUUUUUAGACGCUUUAGACGCUAGCUAUUGCACAUAUGACGGUGGCGACGACCCUAAGAUUGAUCCUCACUUUCCUGAUGGUCGUUCGUGGAACAGGACUAGACAAUGCGGUGUUCAUAAGCCAACAAAUGUCAUAUCGAUUUCAUAUAUUGUUGCCGAAGAUGCAUAUACCCCAGCCUAUGCCACAAGACAGUGCCAUGAAUACAUGAAACUAGGUUUGAUGGGAACGUCUGUUAUUGUCGCUUCAGGUGAUAACGGCACUGUUUCUCGAUUCCCUGAUGAGGGUUGUCUAGCUGGUGGCUCCCAGAGACCAGGCUUCCCGACGGCAUGUCCAUAUGUGACUUCUGUUGGAGCUACUCAGAUUCCUCCAAAUGGCACUAUCCACGACCCCGAAGUUGCUGUUCUUGUCAAUGAUAUAGGAUUUACUAGUGGUGGCGGGUUUUCCAACGUCUUCUCGCGCCCUUCCUACCAGGACGAUGCUGUUUCCAGCUUCCUAUCGAACAAUACUCGGCUUCCAAAAAGCACUACGUAUAACUCUACUAGUCGUGGGUUCCCUGACAUAUCUGCGGUCGGUUGGAAUAUUGCCUCGGUUUUCCAAAACUCUACUGCGGUGGAUUCGGGUACCUCAGCAUCGGCCCCCAUUUUCGCGUCUAUGAUUAACUUGAUUAACGGAGAGCGUAUUUCAGCUGGAAAGAGUCCUCUGGGAUUCUUAAAUCCAUUCCUGUACAAAAAUUCAGAUCUUUUUAAUGAUGUUGUCGGGGGCUACAACUGGGGUUGUAAUGCGGAAGUCGCAUUUUAUGCAUCCAAGGGCUGGGAUCCUGUGACAGGUUUGGGCACACCUAACUAUCCCAAGUUAAGGGAUGCUCUGCUCAAUCUUCCAUAA